GUACCUUUCUCGCGGCGACUGCGAAGCGGGCCGGGACGGGCCGGGCCAGACCAGACCAGACCCCGGGGGCGAUGCGGCUGCAGCCCCUGCUGCGGACUGUCCUCUGGGCCGCGCUCCUCAGCUCACCUCUGCGAGGGGGCUCUGGCCUCCGCCACGAGGUCUACUGGAACUCCAGUAACCCCAGGCUGCUUCGAGGAGACGCCGUGGUGGAGCUGGGCCUCAAGGAUUACCUAGACAUCUUCUGUCCUCACUAUGAGAGUCCAGGGCCCCCUGAGGGCCCUGAGACGUUUGCUUUAUACAUGGUGGACCGGCCAGGCUAUGAGGCCUGCCGGGCUGAGGGGCCGGGUGCCUUCAAGCGCUGGGAGUGCUCCCUUCCCUUUGCUCCCUUUGGCCCUGUUCGAUUCUCAGAGAAGAUUCAGCGCUUCACACCCUUCUCCCUUGGCUUCGAGUUCUUGCCUGGAGAGACCUACUACUACAUCUCAGUGCCAACUCCGGAGAGUCCUGGCCAGUGCUUGAGGCUCCAGGUGUCUGUCUGCUGCAAGGAGGACAAGCCUGAGUCAGCCCAUCCUGUUGGGAGCCCUGGAGAGAGUGGCACAUCAGGGUGGCAAGGGGGUGCCACUCCCAGCCCACUCUGUCUCUUGCUGCUGCUGCUGCUCCCAAUUCUACGUCUCCUGAGAGUUCUCUGAGCCAAGUGGACCCUUCCUGCCACCCCCAGGAACCAGAGCCCUCCCAAGACUUCCCUGGAAGAGGGCCCCUGCCACCUACCUGAGCUGGGAGUGCCAAGACAGACAGACAAGAUGGAAGAGUGAUGGGGGAGGUCAGAGGGUCUGAAGUGACCCUUCUAGGUGCUGGCCUCCUCAUUAUAGGCUGGAGGAGCAGCAGGGGAGCUGCAGACAGCCCUGGGCACCCUGGAGCAGAGGCGAGACAAACAUAGGGUCUCUGUCAGCUGCUUUGAUGUUCUCAUCCCAUCCCCUAGGAAGACUGGGAUUCGGUGGAUCAGAUCCUUGAGCCUGCUGGGGGCCAAGGCCAACGACCUGGGGACAGGUAGACUGCUGGACCAGGGCAAGGAAGCAGCCCAGGCCUGCCAUCUGUGCCCAGUACCCCAUGGGCCUCUUCCCUGGGACAGCACCUUUCCUCCCCAGGGGGUCACCUACUUGUCUUCUGUGAAGACGGACUUGCCAUGAGGUUGAAUUUCAUGCCAAUUUGUAUUUUUGUAAGUGUCUGGACCAAACCUUCAAUAAACCACCCAUAUUUUUGUUGCUCUCCCCAA